AUGGGUGGUGUAAGGUGUGGAAAAUGUGGCUGGUACGUGGCUGCUGCAGAAACAACCGGUAUUCCCCAAAAUCUAGCUGCAGUAACCUUACUGCAAGUUGUGGGACUUGGUACGUCGAGGUGUGAGAUAUCAGUCACUAAAGAUCUGAAUUCGUCACAAAAAAGAUCUGGAGAAUUUGAUUUCUUCAGUCCAACACGAGGUAAAUUGAUUAUGAGGAAAUCACAAGUUUCAUCAAAAGUCUCAGCAAUAUCACAACCCAAAAGCUUUACUGAUUUGGUAACGUGCAGUAAUUCAAUCCCUGAGAAACCAGAUAUUGUCACUUUCAGAUUCAAUUUUAAAUUUGAAUGUCUAUGUGGGAUUGACCAUAAAUCAAACAAAACAUUGUUGUAG